AUCAUAAAUGUUUUAUAACUAUAUUUCAUUUUUACGUUUCUACAAGGAAUCAUUGAAAUAAAAUUUAUUUUAUUUCAUUCAAAUGGUAGUGUUUUUUUUUAGAAUCUAUAAAAAUAAAUAAUUUCAUAUAGUUUUAUUUCAAAAAUUAGUAAUCCAGUUUCAUCCAUGGAUUUAUGGAGAGUUUUUUUUUUAUCAAUAUAUGUUCUUUAAAAAUUUAGAAUGCAAGAGAAAAUUUAAGUUUGAUGCAAAUAUUAAAUAGUUAAGUUUUAUUUUUGUGUGAUUAUCAAUCUAAAUACUUGAUUGAUAAUCACAUAUGUGGUUAAAUAUUAUAUUUAUGUGGUUUUAGACUAAAGAUCGUUCCAUAUAAAAUGUAAUUUUUGGUCACUACAAAGGACUUCAUGUGGAUUUUGAUAUUAGGGAUAAAUGUUCGGAUAUUGGAAGGGAUCAUUAGCAAUAUAUAAGAUGGAUGAACCACUCCAUUUAGCACCAAUUGGUUUUAGGUUGGAAACUCAUCUAGUUUAGCAUGGUAUCAGAGCCCGAUUCACGUAGUCCAACCCGAUCCACAUCGAUCUGGCCCAAAGUUGGCCCAUCGAUCUUUGCCCGAACAUUCCGAGAUUGACGCUCAAAGAACCAUCAUCUCGAAGGGGCGUAUUAGGGAUAAAUAUCCCACAUCGGAUAUUGGAAGGGAUCCUUAGCAAUAUAUAAAAUGGAUGGACCACUCCACUUAGCACCAAUUGGUUUUAGGUUGGAAGCUCAUCUAGCUUAACAUUUGAAUGAGUUUAGAAAAUGAAAAUGUGUAAUUGACAUUUUUGUUACAAUCACGAUGGCAUCUUAUUUUUUUGUUUAAUCAUCAAACGCGGUUGUGGUGAAUGUGGUCUACAAGCAAUCUCUUCGACGUGAGUAAGCAACAACAAAAUUACGAUGGAAUCUGCGCUUGACUAAUGAUGAGGUAAUGGUAUAUCAAAAAAAAAGAUGAAAUAAUGAACAAGAACUCGGUUUAUCCAACUUAGAUAGGUUGUCAUAUUUUGAACAUUAAUUUACUUUUUUUGUUACAAAUACAUUUUCUACGUAAUUGCUAGAUACUAUCGGUUUUAACUUUUAACGGGACAUUAAUUGUCUAACCAAAUGGCUAACAUGAAGAACAAAUAACACCAAUAAACGCAGGGGGUAAGAUUAUAUAUGUACACUCCCACAUAAGACCAGUGCCGUCUAAAAUUUUUCUACUGUUUAAAAAGAUUUAAUGAGAUAAUGAUGUAGUUUUUAAAAUUAAUAAUUUCAUCUCUAUAUUUUAAUGAUUUCUGAAAUUAUAAGUUUUCUUGUCGACUUUUGAAAUUAUAUAUAUUAAAUUUUAAAAUAUAUCUAAAUUUUAUAGCUUUAGAUUUUAAUUUAUAUAUUUAUUAACGAAAAUUAAAUUUUUUUUUUGAACUUGAAUCUUGUUCGAUCAUUCUAUUUGUGGAGCUAUUUCAAAUCUAUAAAAUAUUAUUUUAAUAUAAUAUUUACACUAAAACUUCUCUAACCGAACUCAAAAGAUUAUUACAUUUUAUUAUAAAAUCAUAAUAUUUCAUCAAAUUUAUAUUCACGAUGUUACAUAAUAAGUUUUCAUUAUAUAUAUAUAUAUAUAUUAAGUAAUAAGAAAAUAACUAACUUAAUAAUAUAAAAAUAAAUAUCCUAGAUACACUAAAAUGUUUUUAUCAUAAAAAUAAUUUUCAAAAAUCAAAAUGAUCAAAAUAGUGUCUAUUAAAAAGGAUAAAAACACUUAUACUCUUAAGAUUAACUAAUCUAAAUUUAUGAUUUACUUUUGAGGGUGCGGUUUUGAGAGGGUUAGGGUUUAUGAUUUAAAAUUUAAGAUUUAUAAUUUAAGAUAAUAAUUUUAAAAUUAUUUUUAAAAAAAUUCCAGAUUUUGAAAUAGCAUUUAAAUCGUUUUAAUUAAAUUCAAUUUUUUAAAUAUUGAAUAAAGUUUUUUUUAAUGUUUUUUUUAUUUAUUAAAUUACUGAUUUAUAUUUAUAUAUUUAUAGACUAAGCGUAUAAUUAUCAAUUUGCCUCUUUAAUACAAUUUCUUUUUACUGUUUUCCUAUUGUCUUUUUGGUAAAAAAGUUUUAGGUUCUUUUGAAAGAUUUGUUUUCAUAUCUUAUAUAUUAAAACAGACGUCACAACCUUGAUUUGUGUGUGAUUAUUAAAAAAAUAGAUCUAAUGAACCUAUUACUAGAAAGUCAUGUUACAUUUAAUCUCUAAUCUUAUCAUUAUAAUAGGUCUAAAUAACUCAUUUUCUAGAUUAUAGGAACUAAAUAAUAUGUCUAUAACAUAAUAUUGCUAUAUUAUAGAAAAUAAAUAACUAUCAAUCAUUUCCAAACAAAAAAACGUCAUCUCGAAGCUCUGUUAUCAACUUUUACUUCCAUAUCAUGUACCAUCGGGUUUGAAAGAGACUGCAAGGAGUAGAAAUAUUUUUCGAGACUUCUACACCUAAUCAGAUACAUUUUAAAAACUAAACUGAUUUCACAUUGAUUUAUGUUUUGUAUAUAGUUCAUUUACAAAAUAUAAUUAAAUUCUUUAUAAAAUUUAUACACGUAGCUUUAAGUUUAGUUUUUGUUAACUUUCUUAUUUUGUGAAAUGUUUGAUUAUCUUUGGAGAUGAUAAUAUUUUAAUAUUUUCCAAAUUCUAUUUCUACUUAUUUAUUCAAUAAUGAAAUACUAAUCCAACAAACAAAAGAAUAUAUAAGAAGAAAUAAACACAUGUGAAAAUUUGAAACAAUAUAUUUGAUGGAGAACAAGUAUACUCUAAUAUUAUUAUGCUUAAACAACUUUAAUAUAUUCGAUAAUACAAAUCUAUGAAGUUAAAAGUUUAAUUUUUUUUUAUAAUUUGUGAAAGUUUAAAACAAUCAUUUCAAUAAAAAACAUAUACGGUAAAAUUAUUAUAUUUUAAAAAGUGAUAGACACAGCUUAUAUAUAUUAUAGUAUAUACCAAUUUAGAAUUGAAAACAAAAUGUUUAUAUAAAAAUAAAUGAAAACAAACAUCUGCGCACGUGGAUCGAGAUCUAAUAAAAGUUAAUAAUCUAGUUUUGGUUUCAAAUUUAAUGUUGUAGUCGGAAAAACAAUUAAUACUAAAACUAUAUUAAAAUAGUGUAUCAUUCGCACUAAAAUUUUGGUAUGCGUUGGAAAUACCAUGCCGUAAAGAAAACCCUCCGUAAGACAUAACAGAAGAUACUCUAGAGAAUCUCAAUCUCAAUUAUUUUGUCAACUACAAAGAUACACAGAGAGAGAGAUAUAAAUACUUUCAGACAGAAGAUGGCUACUUUUGUCAACGGGACAUCUCCGGAGACGGUGGAGAUGAUGAAGGCGACAUCAAAUGGAGUGUUCCAAGGAGAGAGUCCGCUAGACUUUGCUCUUCCUCUUGUCAUUCUACAGAUUUGUCUUGUCGUCGCCGUCACUCGCUCUUUGGCGUUCCUCCUCCGUCCCAUGAGACAGCCACGCGUAGUCGCUGAGAUCAUCGGUGGGAUACUUCUCGGCCCGUCGGCUCUCGGCAGAGUCACGGCGUACAAGAACUCAUUGUUUCCGGCGAAAAGUCUGACUGUGCUCGACACACUUGCAAACCUCGGCCUGCUUCUCUUCCUCUUCCUCGUCGGCCUCGAGAUCGAUCUGAAAUCUCUCCGACGCACCGGCAAAAAAGCUAUUUCCAUCGCCGCCGCCGGAAUGCUCCUCCCUUUCGCGAUGGGCGUCGUCACCUCCUUCGCCUUCCCGGAAAUUUCCUCCACUUCCGGCGACGAUAACAGAGCUCCGUUCAUCAUUUUCAUGGGAGUAGCACUCUCGCUAACUGCUUUCGGAGUCUUGGCUCGAAUCCUCGCUGAGCUAAAGCUGCUCACCACCGAUCUCGGCCGUAUUUCAAUCUCCUCCGCCGCCAUCAACGACGUCUUCGCUUGGAUUCUCCUCGCUCUAGCCAUAUCUCUCUCCGGCGACAGGAGUUCCUUACUUGUCCCUCUCUGGGUUCUGUUAAGUGGAACCGCGUUUGUGAUCGCUUGUUUUAUAAUCGCACCGUUAAUUUUCAAACUAAUCUCUCGGCGCUGCCCCGAAGGCGAACCUAUAAGCGAGAAGUACGUAUGCCUCGCGCUUUGCGCGGUUCUUGUCGCGGGCUUCGCGACAGACGCGAUUGGAAUCCACGCGAUUUUCGGGGCGUUUGUGAUCGGUGUGCUGUUUCCGAAAGGGCAUUUCGCGGAUGCGAUUGUGGAGAAGAUUGAAGAUCUCGUCAUGGGCCUUCUUCUGCCGUUGUACUUCGUUAUGAGCGGUUUGGAAACGGACAUAACUACCAUUCACGGUCUGAAAUCGUGGGGACGACUCGCGCUGGUGAUCGUUACGGCUUGUUUUGGGAAGAUCGUUGGGACAGUGAGUGCUGCCUUGUUAAGCAAGGUAGGGCUUCGUGAUUCGCUUGUUCUUGGUGUCUUGAUGAACACGCGAGGUUUGGUCGAGCUUAUUGUUCUCAACAUUGGCAAAGACAGAAAGGUUUUGAGCGAUCAAACAUUUGCAAUUAUGGUUCUCAUGGCGAUCUUCACGACAUUCAUCACAACGCCACUAGUCAUGGCCCUUUACAAACCAAGCGAGACAACGCAAACGCAGGAUAACGAUAGCUACAAGAACCGCAAACGCAGACGCAAGAUUGAGAGUGAUAGAGAAGAAGAGCAAACGCAGCAGCUUAAGGUUUUGAUAUGUCUUCAAAGCGGUAGAGAUAUUAAUCCGAUGGUGAAACUAAUCGAAGCUUCUCGCGGAGGAAGAAACCAAACUAAAGAAAGCUUUUGCGUUUACGUUAUGCAUUAUACUCAAAAGGCGAGAAGAAACGGUUUGUGUUUUUGGAACAAGAAAAGAGAUAACGUUGUGGUCGCGUUCGAAGCAUCUUGUAACGUGAGAAACGUUUCAGUGCGUUCCGUGACCGCGAUUUCACCUUUGCUAGCAGUUCAUGAGGAUAUAUGUAGCUCUGCGGAUAGCAAGCACGCAGCGUUUGUGAUUUUGCCGUUUCAUAGACAGUGGAGUUCUCUGGAGCAAGAAUUUGAAAGGGUGAGAUCAGAGUUUCAGGGGAUUAACAAAAGAGUUCUUGAAAAUUCUCCGUGUUCUGUAGGAAUCUUGGUGGACCGUGGUGGUCUCAGUGACAAUGGUUCUGCGGUAGCUUCGAGCAGCUUCUCGCUUUCCGUCAGUGUUCUGUUCUUUGGUGGGGGCGAUGAUCGUGAAGCUUUGGCUUACGGGUUACGAAUGGCGGAGCAUCCUGAGGUUAAGUUGACCAUUGUGGCUAUCUCCGGUCCAGAGAUCUCUAAAUCUAAUAUACUUGAAGCGCAAGAAACAUCUCGAUUCCUUGCCGCAAUCAAGAACAAGGGGGCCGUUCCGACAAGAUUUGAAGAGAGGAUAGUGAAUUCGACAGGUGAAGCGGUUAAGAUUAUCCAGGAAUUUUGCGAGUGUGAUAUUUUAUUAGUGGGAAAAUCCUCGGAAAGGCCCUUUGUUUCGAAACUACCGGUUAUGAUGAAGAUGGAUUAUCCGGAACUUGGACCGGUUGGAAACUUGAUCCUCAUGUCUACUUCGGUAUCAGUAUUGGUGGUUCAACAGUACACCAAGAGAAAUCCUUCCGUUGUGGGUUCAGUCUCUGUUGGGGUGGUGGAGUCGCCAUGAAAAGAAAACAUGAAAGGUGUUUUAUUUACCCUGACGGACAAGAAAAGAUGGGUAACACAACUUGUGCAUCAACAUGUGUUAAAUGAUGUUCCUAUAGUCCUUUUCAUGAGCUUGUAUAGGUUUUGUAAGAUUAUAUAUGUUUAAAAAUUAGUGAUACUUUUUACCAAAAAUAAUAAUAUUAGUGAUACAAUUAGAUGGAUAGAUUUAGUCAUGUUGUUAAAGAUUGUCAUGAUAGUGGCUUUGCAAGAAUUUGUUUUUGGUCUACCAUAUUUAUCAUUUCUUUCGCUUACACGUUCAUUAAUAUAAAGCUAGAUUUACUUUCAGUAGUACAAGUUAGUAAAAAUAAACUCUCGAUAGUAAAACCCAAAAUUGUAUUACACACAAGUUUUUCAUCAAACAAACAAGAGAUGACAUAAUAGGGGAUAUUAGAUGAUAUGAAUCGCAUCAAAAGACAUAUCUAGCAGAACACAUAAAAUCCCAAAAUAAGAUUGUUACAUAAGCUUAUUCAAUCAUCAGAAGUCCAGAGUACUCAAAAACACACACACAUUGCCUUUUUUUUUUCCUUUUUCUUUUAGUAACAGUCAUAGAGUUUGAUAUCCAUCUUGACCCUAAAAUACUUCGCACCUUCAAAGGUGUCAGUUUCAAACGUAACAAUCCCUCGAGACAUGAAGAAAUCACCUGUUCCUCCGACCACAGACAGAUCUCUUGUCUUCUCCAUCAUAAGAUCUGCUCCCAUUAUGUUUAACGUCCCUUUGUGUUGAGUCGAGUUAAACACAAGUGUGUAUGAGAACCACGCAUUGUAAUCAUUCUUCAUGUCGUAGAAAUAGAAGCCUUGAGCACGUGCCACAGGUUCGGAUUGAUAGUUUUUGUCUAUGGUCACUGGAUCGUCGAAGAUCACGAGCUUUCCGAAUUUGAAAUUCCCGAGUCCCGGAGGGUUGGUAACGGCAGCAGAAGUCGCGUUUUGCACGUCAUCGACGCCAAACAUUAUGUCAUGAUAGUAGAGGACGAAGUUUUUGCAAGGUUUUGAUUGAGAUUUGGAUGGUUUUCUAGCUGAUAUGACAGUUUUUGAUAGAACAAGGACGAUGAAUAAGAAGAGAAGUAAUUUCAUUUGGCUUAUCAUAUUUUGUCUAUGAAAAUGUUAAACUGAACAAUGAGAGUGUAAAUGUAAUUGAUGAAGAAGGUGUUGAUUGAUAUACUAGCAAGUGUGAUGGGUUUAUAUACAACUUUAGCUUUCUAGCCUGCGUUAAUAUAAUGUAGAAGUGGACUAGCUUAAGUAUAUUUAUUUUAUUAGGUUGGUGAAAAGCUUUGUUUAUGCAUAUAAACUAUAAAGUGAAAUCCUUUACGAUGAUAUAUCUGAAACUUUUCAAAUUAGGCGGCUCAGUCACCUUUCAACAAUUCCCACAAAUUGUAAAUGAUAAAGAAAUCAGUAGAUAACACGAAUUCAUUGUGAAGUAUCAAUACUAAAUAGCUUAAUUUUAAUUGAUCUAAAACAUCUUCCACUACAUAAAUUUAGAAGCCGGAGAGAUAUCAAUUCGGUUAUUUAUGGCAAAACAUGGACACAUUUGUUCAGCAAACUUGUGAUAUUUGGAACGCUCACACGUUGCGACUAUUCACAAAUUAGCAUUCAAGAGAUUAGGAUCAGCUUGUUAGGCUCCUCCAUAACACAGACUUUGGCCACCAUCAAACUCUUUUUAUUGACAUAUUUUUCAAAAACUAUCUACCAUAUCUGAUGUAAAAGAAAUGGUGGUAGAUAUGAAGAACCACCAUUGCCAUCAUCCUGACUCAUCAAGUUCAUAAUUAUAUACGUAUGGAAUAGGCUUAGCUCAAACCUCAUCACAUUUUACCCUACCUAUGCAGAGAGAGUAACGUUGUGGGUUGCCACACAGUCUCCCUAAUAACGCCCAAAACAACACCAUUACACCAGAAACCAUCAAAUUCCACUCUUAUUCUAAAGUCUAUGAACUUGUGUUUGUAUAGGAACAUGAUUUCAACGGCAAAAUGAAUAUUUGUUAUUAACAAAGAUACGAAACAUGAGUAAAAAUACAACAAUACCAAAAUAUCAUGAAUGAUAAACCGGUUUGUCCGAAUACACACUUUCUUUCUUUAGUGUGAUGGUUUCAUACAAGUAAGACUGCCUGAUCGAUUGUUUUGAACACCCAAAAACAGAAGCUAACGAACCUAAAUAUGUUGUAUCUCAAAAUAAAUAAAUAAAUAAAACAAUAGAAAAACAAAUAUACGGAGAAUUAUUGUUUAUUUAUCAGUUUGAUCUAUGUGUAAUCUAUAACAUGUGAAAGAGACGAAGACUUCUUAUAGUCUCCGUGUCCAGCGUUACUCAUAAAGUGGAGAGAACUAAAUUAAUGGCCAUAUAAUUAUUUUUUCAAGUAAUUGUCAUAAUUGAUUUAUGUUAAAAAAAAAUCUAUUCACAUUAAUUUUGUUACUAAUGACAAUAUAAAAGAAACGUUAUAUUUGUUUAAUUAAUCUACAAUAUAUUAUCAAAAAUAUUUAGAUCAAAUAUAUAAUAACUAUUGGUUAAUUUGUCCGAAUUAUGAAUUCCAUAUUUCUUUUCUCUAAUACAUUUCAAGUGUAUCCAUGAUUUAAUUCUUAUUAGGAUUUUUCGACUUUAAGUACAAUAGAUAUUAUCUCUAGUUUUCCGUGUGGGACAAAUUACAUUUGUCUCAUACAAACAACUUAUUUUCAAUUUCAUUUUUCAUUUAAAUAUAUUCCAAUGUUAACAUAUAAAUACACUAUAAUACUGCUCACUGCAACGACAAUAUCAUUCUCGAAUCCAGUCCUUCCGACAAACAACUUCGUUUGAAAUGUCACUGAAAUAUAUAUGAUCUAUCAA